GGCCACAUAACUCCAUGUCUGGUUUUUCUGCCCAGAAAGUCUUUGAAGUAGCCAAUGUCGUGUUUUGUUUUUGUUUGGGGGUUGAGACAGAAACAUGUUAUGUAGUUGAGGCUGGCCUCAAACUCAUUAUGUGGCCAAACCAACCUCAUCUUAGCAAUCCUCCUGCCUCAACCUCCUCAUAGCUGCUGGGAUUAGAGGUAUGCAUCACCACAUGCAACACAAAACAUGGUAAUGCUGUUUUGCCUAGGCUGGUGUGGAACUUCCAUCUCAGACUCCAGAACAACUGAGGCUAUGGGCACAGGCGACACUCUCUGGCUGUGGCCAUUUUUCCUUUUUUUGAAAUGAAGUGCUGGGAUUAAAGAUGUGCAGCACUUCCCAGGCCUAGGCCAUGUAUCCUUUUCCUGUGGCUCAUACCGGAAAGGUGAUAGCACCACAGUAGAAAGACCUCCAUCCCCAAAGGUUCACCAUCAGUGCCUCCAUCUCUGCUCCCUUCUGCCUCCCCUCUGAUUCUGCCCUAGUUCCACGUAGCAAAUGAUGUGAGCGGCAAGUCCAGAAGUCGGCUGCAGUUCCCUUGUGUCUACUCCUUGUCCGGUCAUCAGCAGUGAGGGGAGAUGGGGAAAGCUCCCGUUCAUGAUCCCCCUCUGAGAAGGACAAACCCAGGCUUGCAGAAACAGAACAGUUCCCAGAGGGAUGAAUGUUGAGCUGGAACUCGCCAGAAAUUAAGUAUUGGGAAAAGAAAGGGAGAGGAAGAGAGAGCCACAGAGAAGGCUGAGAGGGCCAACCACACAAGCAAGAGGAAAACCAAGCAAAUGGGUGUCAUUCGUCAUGUCCCCAGGAGGGACGAGCCCAGGGUAUGGAUGCUGCAAAAACGUUUAGAGAGCAUCAGCCAAGAGCGCAAUGGAUGGAGAAGAGGGUGCCAGCAGCCCCAGGUCCUCUAUCUUUUUCCUGCUCUUGGCCUGGCUCUCCUUGGAGCUGGAAGAGAGAAGGACCCAGUCAUAGCCUGGAAGAAGCUCCGUGCCUUCAGAGGUCUUUCUGCCUGACUGUCCUAUGGCUCUCCUCAUCCUGCUGUUCCUGCUGCCAAGCCCCUCACAUUCCCAUCCCACCUGUGAUGUCUCCAAAGUGACCAGCCUGCUGGAAGUGAACUGUGAGAACCAGGGGCUGACCGCAUUGCCCGCAGACCUGCCAGCAGACACAGGCAUCCUCCACAUGGGCAAGAACAAACUGGGUGCCUUCUCCACAGCAUCCCUGGCGCAUUUCACUCACCUCACUCAGCUGGACCUGGAUGAAUGUGAGCUGACCAGCCUGCAGACUGAUGAGAAACUGUCAAAGCUGGAUAACCUGAAAUUAUCCCACAAUAAUCUGCAAAGUCUGCCCUCCCCAAAGGGCUUCUUUGGGACCCUCCUCUUGCCUUUUGUUUUUCUCCAUGGCAACACCUGGUAUUGUGAUUGUGAUAUCCUCUACUUCCGCAACUGGCUCCAGCAAAAUUCCAACAAUGUCUACUUAUGGAAGGAGGGUGUGGAUGUCAAGGCCAUGACCCCUAAUGUGGCCAGUGUACGAUGUGUCAAUUUGGGCUCUGCACCUGUCUACUCCUAUGCAGGGAAGGGCUGCCCUGUCAGUGGGGAUAAGGAUAUAGACUAUGAUGACUAUGAUAAUUUCUCUGAUGUACCUGCUACCAGGGCUGAGGUCAAGUUCUCUACUAACACCAAAGCCCACACUACCCACAGGGGCCUACUCUUAGAGUCUCCUACUUCUCCAGACAGUCAAAUGCCUUCUUGGCCUCCAACCCACAAACCCACUAACAAACAGGACACAUCCACACACAUACAAAUCCCUCGUUUCACCACACUCCCACAGAGCAUGAAACCCAAUGUACACACUUAUAGUCUAAAACCCAAAACUAUACCCAUCAUCACCCCAAUCACCCUAGAGCCUACCUCUACCCUGACUAGCUCAGAGCCCAGCACCACACCAAUGCUUACCGCCUCCACUCUGACUAUUCCAGAGCCCACCACUUCCACCCUGGCUCCCCGAGAGCCCAGCAGCACGACCCCAACCACCUCCACGCUGGCUCCCCCAGAACCCAGCAGCACGACCCCAGCCACCCCCACCCUGGCUCCGCCACACCCCAGCAGCACUACCCUAACCACCCCCACCCUGGCUCCCCCACAGCCCAGCAGCACUACCCUAACCACCCCCACCCUGGCUCCCCCACACCUCAGCAGCACUACCCCAACCACCCCCACCCUGGCUCCCCCACACCCCAGCAGCACUACCCCAACCACCCCAGAGCUCAGCACCAUCCCAACCACUCAAGUGUCCACCAUCACCCCAGCGUUCACUACCACCUGGGCGUCUAUCCCAAAUGAGACCAGUUCAGAACUAUUCUUUACCACAGAACUCUCUUUACUCCUAGAAUCCAUCACAACAACCCCAGAGUUGAACAGCUUCCUAACUGUCCACGAGAUGGCUCAAGGGAAUUCUGACACUUUCAAAAGCGAUCCUUUUGUCAACUCUGAGUUCUGUUGUCUCCUCCCCCUGGGCUUCUAUAUUCUGGGUCUCCUCUGGCUCCUGUUUGCCUCUGUGGUACUCAUCUUGUUGCUGAUCUGGACCUGGCACGUAAAUCCACACUCUCUGGACUUGGGCCUCUCUGCCGCCUUGGCCACCAGCACACACACCACAAAUCUGGAGGUGCAGAGGGGAAGACAAGUAACCGUCCCCCGGGCCUGGCUGCUCUUCCUUCAAGGGUCACCCCCCACUUUCCGUUCCAGCCUGUUCCUAUGGGUGAGGCCUAAUGGGCGUGUAGGGCCUCUGGUAGCAGGACGAAGGCCCUCAGCUCUGAGCCAGGGUCGUGGUCAGGACCUAUUGGGAACAGUGGGUAUUAGGUACUCAGGCCACAGUCUGUGAAGGUGAGUCCUUUGGAGAUCCUGAAACACUCAAAAGACUCUACUGGGAUCUAGCUGGGAGUGGGGAGGUGGGGGCAGUGGUAGAUGAGACUGCCACAGGGGCAUUCUAUUUACUUCUUUAUCUGAAGCCCCCUCUUUACAUCCAGAGCUCACUAAUCAAGAGGCAGUGAGGUGAUGGAACCAGGUGGUCAUUGAAUCAAGUUCCCUAUGUUGCUUACAGAAUUGCCAGGCCAUAUGGUCACUGCUACCAUUUUGGGAAAGAGCUAGAAACAGCAAAUAGGAAUGGACAUGGGGCACUUGAGAGAUGGCUCAGAGAUUUAGAGCACUGACUACUCUUCCAGAGGACCUGAGUUCAAUUCCAGCACCCACAUAGCAGUUCACAAUGGUCUGUAACUCCAGGUCCAGGGGACCAAACACCCAUGCCGAACUCCAAUGCACAUGAAAAUAAAUUAAGAGAUAAAAGGGAUCAAAAAUAAAAAGAAUUCAAAGUAUUAACAAAAAAAAAAAAAAAGAACGAAAUGGAGCAUUGUUCCCACUAAGAAAACUUGGAAAGCCAUUAUCAAGA